GUCAGUUCGAUACAAAUCUCAAAUGCUGCUGCCAUCAUGGGGUUUUUCAACACGACCGCCUUCUUCGUUUCGAAAGCUAGAAUGAUGGAUCCUCUCAACGGGAGAAUAGUCCAACAUUUGGGUUGGAAUGUUCCCGCCGAAGAGCUCGUCCACAUUCCGGAACACUGGCUGGCAUAUCCAGACGUCGACAAAUCCAUGCACUUUCUUCUAGGCAUUGUUUAUUUCUUCUUCUUCGCAGCGGCCAUCAUCGGCAACGGAAUGGUCCUUUGGGUUUUCUGCUCAGCUAAAUCACUUCGUACAGCUUCCAAUAUGUUCGUCGUAAAUUUGGCCUUUUGCGAUUUUCUAAUGAUGCUUAAAGCUCCGAUCUUCCUCUACAACACCUACCAUCAGGGCUUCGCGUUGGGCCAUUUCGGGUGCCAGUUAUUCGCGGGAGCUGGCGCGCUUUCCGGCAUCGGGGCCGGGGCAACCAACGCUUGUAUCGCUUACGACAGGUACACGACGAUCACUAGACCAUUCGAUGGCAAAGUAUCCAGAACCAAAGCCUUGUUCAUGAUCCUGUUUGUUUGGUGCUACACGCUACCGUGGACGCUGUUCCCCUUGCUGGAGGUCUGGGGACGGUUUGUACCUGAGGGAUUUUUGACGACUUGCUCUUUCGAUUAUCUGACCAGAACUAAUGAUAACCGCAUGUUCGUAGGAACGAUAUUCACGUUCUCCUAUGUACUUCCGAUGAUGCUAAUCAUCUACUUCUAUAGCCAGAUCGUUAGUAAAGUGUUUAGUCAUGAAAAGGCGUUAAGGGAGCAGGCGAAGAAAAUGAACGUGGAGUCGUUGAGAGCGAAUCAACAGCAACAAACCGAAUCAGCGGAAUUGAGAAUAGCGAAAGCGGCGAUAACGGUGUGCUUUCUGUUCGUUGCUUCUUGGACGCCCUACGCCGUUUUAGCGCUGAUAGGGGCCUUCGGGGAUCAGUCUCUGUUGACGCCCGGCGUUUCUAUGAUUCCUGCGGUUACGUGCAAGUUAGUGGCUUGCAUUGAUCCUUACGUUUACGCCAUCAGCCAUCCCAAAUACAGACUGGAAUUACAAAAAAGGAUGCCUUGUUUGGCCAUUAACGAGGCAAGUGAAACAGUUUCAACGGCAACUGAAACCGCAUCUCAACCGAAUGCUUGAAUUUAUCGCCAACAACGUCUCAUCAUGGUUAAUGUAAGUGUAGAUUUGUAUCGAAUUGAAAGAAAAUUCACUAUAAAAUUGACCAAGCUUCGUCUAACGGACUACGAUUUUUCUUUGUUACCCACACUCAGUUUUUUCAAACGUUAUUGAAUAAUAUUCAUUAGUUUGCAGUGGCAAUAUUUGUGUUUGAAAAGCUGAAUUGUUUUCUCUAUUGUUGAUUGUGUUAAUUAAUAUUUCUUAUUAUUUCUAAAUCAUAAAAAUGUGUAUAAAAAUUUGUUAAACAUGUAUAAAAAAUUAUAAUUCAACGAGCA